AUGAUCAAGCACACGAUGAUAUCCCGGCUUGAUGGCCUACUACUCACAGCCUCGGUCGAUGAUGAACAGAACGACGCCGAGUUCAAUGAGGUCAAGGCCAAGGUCAAGCUUGUCCAGCGCCGUCUAAGCCGUAACGCUGAGCAACAAGCGAGCAUAGAGAGUGGAAACUACACAUACCACUACAUAAUCGAAGGCGACCUCUGCUUCCUCUGCAUAUGCGACAGGUCCUACCCACGCAAACUCGCCUUCACAUACCUCUCCGAUCUCCACCGCGAAUUCACCACUACAUACCAACCGCAUCAGUACCUCUCGCCAACAUGCCGGCCCUACGCAUUUGUCGAGUUCGACACCUUUAUCCAGCGCUCAAAGAAGACAUACCAAGACGCAAGAGCGACACAGAAUCUAGACAAGCUGAACGACGAGCUCAAGGACGUCACAAAGGUCAUGACCAAGAACAUUGAGGAUCUGCUGUACCGUGGGGACAGUCUGGAGAGGAUGGGUGAUAUUUCGAGUCGGUUGCGCGAAGAUAGUAGGAAGUACAAGAAGGCUGCUGUGCGCAUCAAUUGGGAGCUGCUGCUAAAACAGUACGGACCCAUCGGCGGAUUGGCUUUCAUAAUCAUCGUCUUCAUCUGGUGGAGAUUCUUCUAG